GAAGCUCGCCUUACAACUCCGCGCGGCCCCCAGCGCCGCCCGCCCCACAACAAAACUCGCCGCAGCGCUCCCGGGAGGCGGCUCGGAGCGGCCGGCGGUCGGGACCGGAGGGGAGACGGGCCGCCGCGCGGGCCGGGACAGCAGCCGGACGGCAGCGGGAGCCGCGCGCGCCGGGCCGAGAGCGGGUCUCAGUCCAGAGGGCAAACAUGUCUGUGGAUCCCUUAUCCAGCAAAGCCCUGAAGAUCAAGCGCGAGCUGAGCGAGAACACGCCGCACCUGUCGGACGAAGCGCUGAUGGGGUUGUCGGUGCGCGAGCUGAACCGGCACCUGCGCGGGCUGUCGGCCGAGGAGGUGACGCGGCUCAAGCAGCGGCGCCGCACGCUCAAGAACCGCGGCUACGCGGCCAGCUGCCGCGUGAAGCGCGUGUGCCAGAAGGAGGAGCUGCAGAAGCAGAAGUCGGAGCUGGAGCGCGAGGUGGACAAGCUGGCGCGCGAGAACGCCGCCAUGCGCCUGGAGCUCGACGCGCUGCGCGGCAAGUGCGAGGCGCUGCAGGGCUUCGCGCGCUCGGUGGCCGCGGCCCGCGGGCCCGCCGCGCUCGUGGCGCCCGCCAGCGUCAUCACCAUCGUCAAAUCGGCCCCGGGCCCGGCUCCCGGCCCCGCCCCCGGGCCCGCCCCUGGCCCCGCCCCCGCCGCCUGCUCCUAGUGCCCGCCGCGCCCCGCCCCGGCCGCGCCCCACGCCCCGACCACGCCCCUCCGGCCCCAGCGCCCCUCCCAAAGUGCCUGAGCGCAGUCUCUGUCCCCAGCUGCCAUUUCUCUGCAGCCACCAGCCCCUGUGGUGAUGACACAUUCCCUCCCCAGAGCCAGUCUUCCUCGUGCCGCCCCUGAAACUAGGACCUGAUGGCCCCGGGGAGGGGUAACUUUGGUGAGAUAGGAGGUAGGGUAGGGGCGGGGGUCUGGGGUCUCCCUAGGCUGAAAGUUCAGCCUUCUUAGAUUGGUGGAUGGGAUACAGAGCGGAUUAGAGAAUGGCUGUCGGGGAGAAGAGGGCCACCCCUCGUCUUGUAAACUGUUUGCUCAGAUUGUGCCAGUGGCCCUCCCCAGCCUCCCAGGAUUCAGGACUAGGACUGGCCUUGCAUGUGUCUUGUGGGGCUGACUCGCUGGAAAGCUGAUGCUCCCACCUGUGCUUUGGGCCUGGGGGUGCCUGGCCUUCUAAAGCUGGGAUAGUCGUUAGAAAUGGCUUAGUGAAACCCAGUUAACAGAUGGGGAAACAGGCCUCCAGCGGAUGUGACAGUGCCCGAGGCCACAUAUCUUUAGCGGUUAAACUGGAAUUCAAAGCCAGAUCUUCCCACUGCUGCCUGGAGAUUCUAGCUGUGGUUGUCAGGGGGACGGUGGACAGGGACCGAGAAAGUGGUGGAAGGGCCUCCCUGGCUGGGAGACAGCUGUGAGUCAGGGGAAGAGAAGUAGAGGGAGAGAGAAGGUGACGCAGACAGAACAGAGGGAAGGAGAUGGCCUGGUCAACCCUGGGCUCUCCCUGCGGCCAGGGAGCUGGCCAGCCAACAAAAAAAGGGACCAAGGAGGUGACCACUGUGGCAGGUGGGGAGAUGAGAAGACAGAUCCUGGGGUCCUGCAGCCUGGGGUGGGGUCCUUAAAAGGAAAGGGUCCCACCUCUCCCCCUGUGAGUGUCCACUGUGGGGUAAGGGCUGACCACUGCCAUUGAUUGCUGUUCUCCUGGGAAGCCCAGCCCCAGCCCCUCCCCCCACGCUGUAGACAGUUGCCCUCCCGCUGUUUAUUUAUUACACGAAUCUAAAUUAUUCUCCCCAGCCAGAGGCAUAGCGCCCACUCCCUGGAAAGUGGUGUGAUCCUCAGCUGGACUUUAUAUUUUAUAUCUGCAAAUAAAUCACAUUUUAUCUUAUAUUUAGGGAAAGCCGGAUGGCAAAAACAACCAAAAAAUGUUUUAAAAAAAUUGCCCGGCCCCCAGAAUUUAUUUAUUUUCUGACUUACAGUAAGCGAGUUAUGCGCCUUCUGUAUUUUGUAGACUUUCUGAAUAAAGUCAAGUUCUCUUUUUCCACAGUGA